AUGAGGAUCAGGGAAGGAGAUCUUCUCACCACGUGGCUGUGCCCGGCGGCCCUGGUGGGCCUGUACCACCUCCUGCACUGGUACCGGGAGAGACAGGUGGUGAGCCACCUCCGGGACAAGUACGUAUUCAUCACGGGCUGUGACUCGGGCUUCGGGAACCUGCUGGCCAGGCAGCUGGACCUGUGAGGACUCAGGGUGCUGGCUGCGUGUCUGACCGAGAAGGGGGCCCAGAAGCUGAAGGGCCAGACGUCAGAUAGGGUGGAGACGGUGAUCCUGGAUGUCACCAACACACAGAGCAUCGCUGCGGCCACCCAGUGGGUGAAAGAGCGUGUGGGGGACAGAGGACUUUGGGGUCUGGUCAACAAUGCAGGCAUUUUUCACCCAUUUGGCUACACUGACUGGCUGAAGAUUGAUGCCUACAUGAGUACCCUCCAAGUCAACCUCAUUGGUUUGAUAGAGGUGACCUUGAGCAUGCUUCCCUUGGUGAAGAGAGCGCAAGGGAGGAUCGUCAAUGUCUCCAGCAUUCUGGGAAGACUUGCUUUCUUUGGAACAGUCUACUGUUGCUCCAAAUAUGGAGUGGAAGCCUUUUCAGAUGUCCUGAGGCGUGAGCUUCAGCAUUUUGGGGUGAAAGUCAGCAUAGUUGAACCUGGCUACUUCAGAACAGAAAUGACAGAUCUGCAGAAGGCCUCAGAGACAAUGAAGCAAGUCUGGAAAGAAGUCCCUCCUCAUAUCAAGGAGACCUAUGGACAGAAGUUUUUUGAUCCCUGUGAGUUUUUCUUUUGAGGGGAUCAUGGAAAG